GUUUCAUGCCGCACACGUCAAAAGGGCGGACUCGCAUCAGCGAAGUCUUCUAGUUCGGCCGAGGUACUGGACACGGCACGACAGCGCAUACAUGUCGGAGGAUAGGGCGGCCCACAUCCUGGCAGAAGUGCAGAAAGCUGACACCGCUGCGGAC